AAAAAAUUCAAAGUGACUUUGAAAAAAUAGAUAUUUCGUACUUGUCAGACUUAAAACAUAAUGGAUUUUUUGUCCAGUUGAUGGUUGAUUAAUUUUAAGUUACUAAACAAAGUUUAAUAUUUGAAGGUGCAGGACGAUAACGCAGUUAAUUUAUAUUACACUAUUAAAGCAUUGAGCAGCUAUUUUACCUUAAUAUACAACUCAUCAGUACUUAUCCAGUCCAUAUCUGAUUUCAGGCAGUUGCUCAUCAAUGGUAGUGGUGGUGGAUUGAUUGAAGUUAAACGUUUAAACAAGUGGGUAUUGACUCAGUGAUCUAUAGAUUAACUACACACCUCAGAAUCUGAGGUUCCUUUGUUUGAUUCCUAGUGUGGUUGUGGAUGGGCACUGUUGAACAGUCACAUGAUUUAUUUAGCAUAAUACGAGUUUAACAUUCUGGAAGCGAUUUAAUUCAGAUUCAUUUUCUACUUAAUAUUACUCUCAACAAUAUUAACAUCUAAUUUUUUAAAUUCUUCUCUUCAUUUCUAAUUUUUUUUCAACCGAGUUCUCUCAUCAUUUAAAUAUCGUAAUGAACAAAAAAUAUUGGGUUCACUAGAACAAUCUUUCAAAUUAAAACCUCAUUAAGAAAAACACUUACUAAAUAGUUCAAUGUAUUUCAAUCUUUCUUUCCUAAAUAAAACCGUCAAACUUGUAUAAAUAUCAUUAUUAGCAUUAAUUACUAAGAUUGUUUUCAGCUUUUUAUCACGUACAAGUCCACAUUAAUAAAAAAAGAAGCACAUUUUUUCUAUUCAAUUUAUGAAGUAAGCUUUAUGUUACUUAAUUAGUUAAUUUACUGUAAAUUUAACUAAAUAGAUGCUUGAUCAAGAGAGAUAUUCUAUUAUGUCUUUCAUUUCCGAUGUCCAUUUCGUCUAUGAUCUUUUUAAUGUUAUUAAAUCAAUUUUCUUUAAAAACACAUAAAAUUACUUGUCAAAAGUAAUGAUGUUGGUGCAGUUCAUUCAUUGAAAUUCAUCUCAUUCAUCUCUGUCUGCAUUAAGUUAAAUCAUUGAAUGACCUCAUUUUCACAUUCCAUGCGUUUAAAUGUGUAUGAAUCUCUCCUAUAUUCCUGUCUUACAUACACACACAUUUAUGAGUUGACCUCGUGAAAAAGCUCAUAAAUGUGUCCGGAAACUAGAAGUUGGACAUUUUUAUUACAUUUAUAAGACAAGUUAAUUAUUAUUAUUACUACCAUUAAAACAGAUACCUUUUUGAGUGAAUAUAGAAAUAAUUACAUAAAUAAAUUUCUUAUUCUUCUAUUUUCUAUGUACAUGUGUAUGUUCACUAAUUCAUACACUUCAUUGAUUCAUAUUCUAAAUACAUACAUAGAAAAAAAUAAUUAAUGGUAUUUCAUUUCAAUGUCUUGUACACAUCCAAAUGUUUGGGUGAUGGUUUUGGGUCUUUAUUUAGGCGUAAAUUUCAUGCAGUUUGGUGAGUAUAUCACAAUGACUUCUCUGACCGUGAAGUUUAGUAACGCGGAUGUGAAUCCCGUUUGAUUCAUCGAUUCCAUCUUGAUUACAGACGAGUCUUACUAAGGAGUGUCAACCAGGAAGCAGCUUAUGCAUAUGACAUACUGCUGAAUAGGUCUUACCAACUAAUAUCAAACACAGCUGUAGACAUUUGAUAAGCAUGAAGUCUAUUCAUAAGGGUGUCAUAGUCACUAUCUUUAAAAUAACGUGAAAAGAAGGGUGGGAACGAAAAAUUUCAUUCUAAGUCUUGGAGGUUUGUGUAAGUUGAUAGAAAAUCGAUAUAUCCUCUUUCUGUCUUCUACUAAAUAAUUCCAGAUAAUUUCAGAAAUCCUUACUUUAUUUAAUGCAUAGUUUAGUAUGAAUAAUUUAACGAAAAAUGUAAACUUAUUUAUCCUAAAAAAUGGGGAUUUUCAAUAAUGCCGCCUAUACAUAUAUAAAUACAAUCUUAGGGACCUUACAGAUUUUAUUUAUAUUAUAUUGAGAAAAUUUUUAUUUAUUUGUUCAUCUCAUUGCUGCUAGAAGCUUUUAUGAAGAUCAGUUUAUUCUUUGCUUUGACGAUAAAGUUAAUCAUUGGAAAAAUAAUUACAUAUAGAAUAAUAAACCGUAAACCUAAUUGCUAAAGUAUGAAGCUGACAAAUCAAAUUUCAUGUUAUGCUCAUUAGAUGAGUAUAUUUAAUAAUCUAUUUUUGACCUAUUGUUGUUGUUUAUGAUUGAUCUUAUAACCACGAGUAAAAUUAUCGCGUGGACAUGUUUUUGCUUUACUGAAUCCUGAUUGGUUAAUAGCAAUAAAAAAUCCCUAGGUAUUUGAUUGGUUGGUUUAUUUUAGUUUAGAAAGCAUAUUAAAAGGGUAAUCGGUCUAGUUGAAUAAAUUUCAUAUCCGAUUAACUUGUAUGCAGUUUAAAGCACAAUUACUUUUAUAUUAAACAUUUUAAAAAAUAAUGGAUUCUUCACCGCCGGUAUUAUUGAAUGCUUUACGACCACUUAAAACAAAUAGACCAAGACCACGAAUGAGAUUAACAUCUAUACGCCAAACACCACAACGUGUUCUAGCUGCUAAACUUGACUUAAAUAUCAAUCAGAACUUAAAUCCUGUCAUCUGUCCUGAAACUCUAAAUCAACCGACACCACAAGUAGACCAUAAAUCAGAUGUCCCUUCUUCAAAACUAACAAGAUUUGUAAAAAGAUUUAGUACAACUUUUCUUCCCGCUGAACAUCCAGUAUCCGAUGUUAUGAAUAAAUCAGAGAAGAAUAUUAAUCCUCAAUUUGAUUUUAACCAGUGGAAAAGACGGAGGUCUAUACUAAAUUAUCGGGACCGAUCACCAUUAUAUAUCGACCAACAUGUACAACCAACUGAUGGAAUGGUUGAUACGAAUACUGAACAAGUUGACAAAAGAAUUACAGUUUUGUCAGAUUUAUCUAACGUAAUUGAAUCAAAUCAAACAACCACUUGUACUAAACGUAAAAGCAGUCUUACAAGAUGGUUCGAAAAGAAUGUUAAACAUCCACGAAGAUCAUUACCUCAUAGAUCCCUAACAACUGAUUGUACAGCACCAGUUAUCACUAACAGGUCAUCAGUACCUGAAAAAACGCAACCAGAAUGUUUGUAUAAUCAAAUUACCCAGCAGACAAUUACACCUUAUGCUAAAGUUUUUAAAUCCCGUCGCAGUCUAUUGAGACAUAGAUGUAUUUCAAAUCAUCCUACUAUAACAUCGAAAUCUCAGGAAAGUAAGACACCCGGGAACUUUCUAUCACAUGGUGUUGAUCAUACAAGUAACUGUAACCAUCGUGAUUCUGGAGAUGAAACUAAUGAGAAAGUUAUUGUUUUGAAGAGUAACAAUGUAGAAGAUUUUAAAAUCAAUGAAACUAAAUCUGUUCAUAAAAACGCCUUUGGUUCUGAAAAAUGUAUGAGUGAAGCAGAUGAACCUUGGUUUAUCAUCCCACCUACUGGUAUCGAUGGUCCAUGUUCUCAAAAUCAAAACAGUACUUAUUCAAGUAUCAGUUCGAUUGUUUCGGAUUUCACGAGCAUGAGUCAAUCUGUUGGCAAGAGUACUGGAUCUCACAAGUCCCUGAUAAGUACAUUCUAUACUCCGACAAUGAAACGUCGGCACAGACUACCUAUUCCUUCAGAAUUUCUUUAUUCUACUUCCUCAGGACCUGUGAUCUACAAAUCAACCACACGAUCCUCGAUGACGAAUAUGUAUUCAGAAUUGAAUAAGUCAAGUGAUCAAGAUUCAGGUCUUUCAUCACAGCUAAGUACUACAUUUCAAGGUGCAGAUGUGGAAACUCAAAGUGGAGAUUUAAGGGGACAUAGAAAUCUAGUAGGAUCAUCAUCAGCAAGUUGGGCAACUACUUUACGUCAGUCUAUGAAACGAGCGAAUAAUAAACGUACUUUAUUGGCAGGUUGCACUUUAUUUAAUAGGAACCCAGUCGAAGGACUCAAUUACCUUAUUAGAAAUUAUAUUUUAUUGUCUGAUCCCACUAAAAUUGCUCAAUUCUUAUUCCAUGAACCAAAUCUCAAUCGCCAAGCUAUUGGAGAGUACUUUGGUCUACUUGAUAACACAUUGGCAACGAAAGUUUUAAAGGAAUUCUUAUUGCUGAUCAAUAUGAAGAAUAUGGAGGUGGAUGUUGCCUUGCGUUCAGUUAUCGGACAUUUUCAUCCUUCAGGUGAAUCUCAAAAAAUUGCUCAUCUAAUGCGAAUAUUUCAUGAAGUAUAUAUUAUUCAAAAUUCAGAUCGUGUCCGAAAAAAUUUUCAUAGUCCUGAAACAGUGGAAGUCUUAGCUUAUUCAGUGCUUUUGUUACACACAGAUCUUCAUAAUCCUAAUGUUGGAAAAUUGGGCAAACGGAUGACUAAACAAGGCUUUAUUAACAAUAAUCGUGGAAUUGAUUCUGAUCAUGAUGUGUCUGCAGAUUUACUGGAAGGUAUUUAUGAUCGUAUAGCUGCUUCCGAGUUUAAGACACUACCAGAUCCAUCAGAUAAACUUCGUGCUUUGGAUGGAGUUUUGGUUGGUCCUUUGAAAACAGACAACUUUGUGCAACGACAUCGUCGUUUCAUUGGCAGGAUUCUGACCCAAGAAAUUGAAAAAAUUGCUCCCCGAAAAUUACCGGGUAGAAAUAAUGCUCGAUGGCGCCACGUGUUAAUAUUUAACGAUAUAUUGGUGGUUGUUAAAUCGUUGAAUACAACCCGUUUGCGGUCUGGUUCCCUUAUAAAUUCUGUCGCAGCAGUUGCUUUCGGAGACCAAAAUGCUACUCGUCAUUAUACACCAAAGAAUUCCGUAUCUAGAGAUGACGGUAGUUGUAGUCCUUUCGGCCCGGUUCAAGAUGUAACACAAAAGGUGUUCUGUUCAACUGAACCAUUUCCUGGUGAUACAACUUUUCAAGUUCGAAGUGUUUAUCCAUUCCUUGAUCUUCGAGUGUUGGUCUUUGAAUCGAAUUAUUAUCGAUACGGAGUUCAACUGUGUAAUUCUAAUGGCCCUGUAAUUAGUUUAAGUAUGCCAUCUGAAGCUUGUCGUCGUCAAUUCAUCGAUUGGGUGUACGGAUCCAUUGCUGAAAUGGAGGAAUUACAGCAACAUCAACAAAUUAAGAAAAGUGAAUGUGAACGAACUAUCAUUGUUAAUUGUAAACGGAACUCAACAAAUACUACCUCUAAUGGUACUACUUCUAUUAAUAAUGGCGAUAGAUGUGUCAUGCCUUCCUCAAGAGUAACUGAAAAAGUUAUAUUAUUUAAUGCCUAAUUAUUAUUCUCAUUAUUACUAACCAGCAUUAUUGGUGAAACUGCAGAUAAACAGAAUAUCAUUGAUUUACAUUUUUCUUUUGUAUUUGAGUUCACAGAAUAUUUCAGUUGAAUUCCUUUUUUCACUUUGUAAUUUCUAUUUCAUUGUAUAAGAGCAAACAACAGUCUAUACAUAAAGAUGAUUCUUUUCAUUGUUUCAAUGUGUAUUUUUGGCGUUGAUUGCUCAUUCAACCCUCAGAUCAUUCAAAGUGAAUGUAUACUUGGAAUCUCUCCCCCCUUUCUGUGAUACUUUAAUUAAUUGGACGUAUAAACAUAAACGUAUACCACAAAACAUAAAUUUAUAGAUAUCUACAUAAAAAUAGAUUAUUCCUUUUAAUUUUUGAUGCUUAAAUUUUGUUGAUUCAGUCAUUGUCCCAUAUCAGAGAUUAUAAAGUUCAUGAGUAUUAUUAUUACUAUUGUUAUUACAUAACAGUUUUGUUCACUUGUUUAUUCACCUUUUAUUUACUAGAAUCUCCAGACAAAUUAGACUAGUUUAUUAUUCAUUUGAAUAUGAUAAUUCAUAUAUGUAUCAUAUGCCCCAGUUUAUAAUCGCAUUUGUUUAUAGAAUACUUCUACUUAUUUGUAUUGGUUUCUCUUGCUUUUUCAUCCUUUUCAGUUUAACCUUAUUUAUGUGAAUAUUGAGUAUUUGUACAUUUUUAUAAAAAUUUCUUUUUCCAUUACUGUAUAGAUUACCUUUCCCCUAUUCAUUGUUUGUAUAAAAAACAUGAGACUAUUUUCUGCUUUAAAAUGUGUUCGUUUAAAUACAUCUAAUCUCAUUAA